GAAAGCGAUGUCCUAGGUCGCAUUUCUCGAUAGGCCCUAACUUUCUUCAAUGCAGGAUUUUGACGUUUACUCGGCUCCUAAGGCAUGACAGGGCUGGUGUUACGGUAGAAGAAACAAGUAUGGCUAACCCGAAAUACCGGGACUGGAUUCUAGAGACGAUUGAUCAGCUGCGGAAGAGAAAAGCUCGGCCGGACCUCGAGCGCAUUUGCCACAUGGUAGAACGAAAACAUGGGCUGAGUUCACGAGAGACGGAAGCGCAACUAGAAAAGCUGGUCGACUCAGAAAUAGUGAUAAAAGUUGACUAUAAGGGCAACACGAGCUAUAGAAAUGGGGCCAAAUGGAAGAAGAGUCAUUUAGGAGGGGUUGUUUUGAAUUCCAGCACGGCUAGCAAAAGACUUCACGAUGCGAUCACUGAACUCAGUGAUAGCCAGCCUACUCAGAAUCAGGAAACGGAACGGUUCGGGAUAAGUAUACGUGAUAUUAAAAACUGGCUGCAGUCGAAUUUUGACGACGAGGUGCCGCUGAAAAGCCCAAUUAAUAUUGUUCUCCAGAGGGAAAUUGAUGCAGGAAGGAUUGAAAAAUUACCAAAUGGGAAUUUUUCUUUACCAUCAUCUGGGCAUAAAGUAUCCAGGCCUAAAACUUUGGAUGUGAAACAAAUCGCCGGCGCUCCGUCGAGGAGGGGGCGGCCCCCGAAAAACAAGAACCUUGGCUUAAAAAAGCCUCCUAAGGUGAAGAAGAGCUAUGGGUCUGAGGAGGAAGUGGCGGAGUCAGUCAACACGACCCUACCGGUGCUGGAGAACCGUUGUGACUUCUGCCAGCUGACGGCCUCCACCAACCGGAAGGGCCGACCCGAGAAACUGCUCAUAUGCAAGGACUGUAAUGCUAAAGCUCACCCAUCAUGCAUGGACUACUCGGUGGCCCUGGCCCGGCGGGCUCGCAAGUUACUCUGGCAGUGCAUUGACUGUAAAACCUGCUACAUCUGUGAUGACGCCGGGGAUCCGGAUUUGAUGUUGUUCUGUGACGGAUGUGACAAGGGCUAUCACACCAACUGUCAUGAACCCCAGGUCAAAGAAAAACCAUCAGGCAAGUGGGUGUGUAUGGAGUGCGAGACCGAUGGAGUGUCGGCAGAGGCUCUAGACUCCCAGGAAGCAGCCAAGGCAGCCAGCAAGGAGCUGUCUAUUAAAACAGACAAUGAAACUGACAAGUUGUGUACGUCAGAGCCAGGCCCGUCCUUCCUCCACACACCAUGCGAUUCUCCUGUGGAGAAUAUGGAGGUGGACAACAGCAGCUAUUUUAAGGAGGAGGUAAAACCAGUGAAGAAAUCCACAGAGCCGCUCCCGAAAGAACCCUGCUUAGUUGACAGCGUGUAUCCAGAUGCCUCAGACUGGACAAUAGACGAAGUGGUCCUCUUUUACGUAUCUGUCGGCUUCGAGGCGCAGGCGGAGGCAUUUCGAGAACAGGAGAUUGAUGGCAAGUCUUUGCUCCUGAUGAAAAGGAGUGAUGUAUUAACAGGUCUGUCAAUCAAGCUAGGACCAGCCCUGAAGAUCUAUAAACAUGUAGAGUGUCUGCAGACAGCAGGGCAGGAUCAGAACAUGCACUGAGCAGGUGCUUGUGCAUUGUGUACCGAUUAUGUACUUUUGUACAGUGUACAGACAGUGGGAGAAGAGACCAUGUUCUGAACAGGUGCUUGUACAGUGUGUACAGACUGGGAGAGUAUCAGAUGAUGCGCUGAAUAUUUGUACCAUGUACAGACCAUGGAAAGACAGAUCACGUACUGAACAGGUGCUUGUACAGUGUGUACAGACUGGGAGAAUAUUAGAUGAUCCACUGAAUAUUUGUACCAUGUACAGACCAUGGAAAAACAGAUCACGUACUCAACAGGUGAAUGGACUUUGUGUACAGACCAGGUACUGAACAGGUGCUUGUGGUAUGUAUAGUGAAGACAGUGAUAUGACGAGACCUUGUAUGGAACAAGUGUUAGUGCUAUGGUAUAGGAGGAUUAUGGUGAACAUUCCUCAGGUGUUUCUGAGUGAUUGACAGAUAUAAUCUUGCAUAAUCUUACUUCAUUCAUCUGCAUUCCACUUAUAAUAGACGCUUUUUUGGUACUUGAUCUUGUUGUGAAUACCCAUCGUGAGAUAAUACGCAGAGAAUUCAGGAAUGAUGUAGAAUACAUUGAGAAAGAGCAUGCAAACACUUCCUCAUUGGUCACUAACCCCAGACCACUUCCUCAUUGGUCACUGAUGCCAGACCACUUCCUAAUUGGUCACUGAUGCCAGACCAAGUGGAUGUAAGGGGAAUACGUGAAGAAGGCGUGGAUGAAUACUUUUCCAUCUGAAUCAAGUCGUGCUCGAGAUGCAGCUGCAGGGCCUGUGAAGUGUGGCCAGGUAAUCGAUGGUUGGGAGGUGAUUUCCUUUGGACUUCUCAGCAGCUAUCUCCAGAGAAGUCAGGAAUAUUUCAGGGACUUAGUAUGCUUUCCCGAUAAUAUCUGGGAAGUUUUUUUUGUCCAGAUAUUAUAAAAAUUAUUACAGGUAUAGAAUGUGAUGUAGUCACCAGUUAUUAGGAAGCUGUUUAUGUUUGUUAAUUACGAAUGAAAUGUGUUCUGGAACUUCAAGAAUUACAAUUGAUGACACUCA